GCUUUGGUUUUGUUCUCUUUGAUGUUCCUCCGAGGGAGCGUCAUUGGAGGCUUGCAAACUUACACCUCUGUUCAGCUUGGUAUCCUACUAGGAUGUGAGCUUGUUCAGCUGCUAGCAAUGACUUUAUGGACCAGAUUUGCAUGCUUUAUUUCACUUACUGGUAUUAUUUCAGUUUCGAGACUGGCCUUGUUCGCACUUCACAUCGGCUUUGUUCCUGGGCUCGCUAGUCAUUCUGGCAGGAUGCUUGUCGCUUAUAUCAUUCUUUGCUGGCAUGUUAUCGUACUCACAUUCGUCUUUCUUCUACCCGCCCUUCUCGACAUGGCGCAUCUUAUGAUGUACGGCAGGGCCGUAACAUUGUCUGACGCCGAAAGAGGAACACCUGUCGGAGAGGUUCCUAGGCCCAUUCAGCGCGCUCAAACAGACAUCGAAGAGCUUCAAAAGUCGGAACCGAUCAAGAAUGGCGAUGCAAACAGAUUCACUCGACCUUCUCCAUCAGACUUCAAUCAGCUUCUGUUAGAAAUGAUUCUAAAGCGGGAAGCAAAUAAUCCUUCAAUCGGUCCAAUAUCUCAGAAAGCACUGUCAGAGUUUCUGAAAGAGGUAGGAGGGAAAGAAAAGAAAGCCGACAUCGAAAAGACUCCAGAAGUCUUUAGCGAUUCUUCCAGUACGCUCGUCGAUUCGAGGUGCUCCAAGGAAGAAAUCAAACCGAUGCCAGACACUUCAGUAGACGACCUAGUCGCUCAUCUAUUCUCGGAAGAAAAUUCAGCUAUCUGCAGCACCCCUCUGCAUAAUACCCUCAAUCGUCCCAUCAACGAAUACUUCAUCUCAUCUUCUCACAACACGUACCUCCGGGGCCGCCAAGUCGCCGCCCGCUCCAAGCUCAAAGGCUAUAUCGCAACCCUUUCACAAGGCUGUCGAUCUGUGGAGGUCGACUGCUGGGAUGGACGGGACGGGCAGCCGAUCGUCAAGCACGGGUACAGUUUGACUACGUCUAUCAGCUUCCGAUCUGUCAUUGAGACUAUCAACAAUUAUGCUUUCUUUGCUUCUGACUUGCCUUUGUGGCUAUCACUGGAAGUGCACUGCAGUCCGUCUCAGAGGGAUAUCAUGGCUCGCACAAUGCUUGAGGUAUUCAGAUCGAGUUUGGUGGUCGAGCCACUUAAUGGAUCUUCACAGAAACUCCCUUCGCCUAACCAGCUACGCGGAAAGAUCCUGCUGAAAGUCAAGGUGGCUCAAAAUCCAGAGCCACUUCAGGAAACGCUGGCCCCUGAAUACCUCAACUUGGAUGGGCCUCAAGAAGAUCUUGAGAGGGGGGACUGUCAAGAUCUGCCAGGCGAUUUACUACAGAGUCUUGCCGUAUAUGGAGCGAGCAGACGACUACCUAAAGAUGCAGAGUUUGACACACAUCGGAAUUUCAUCUACUCUGUCUCAGAGCGAAAUUUCAAGAAACAUACAAAAGACCAUCGUUCGCUCGAAUUAGCAGGAACACAACAUCUUGUUCGCGUGUAUCCGGAUCCAAACCGGGUUGAUUCAUCCAACUUCGAUCCCCUCCAAUGUUGGAGGCAUGGCGUUCAGAUGGCUGCUCUGAACUGUCAGACCGAGGACUUCUGCAUGAGUCUAAAUCAAGCGAUGUUCCAUGGAAGUUUGGGAUAUGUGGUCAAAGCCUCGCCACAACCAACUCAGAUACGACUCCAAGUUGACGUUCUUAUGGCGCGGGGCCUGAAGGUAUCGACAGGGAAUGAACCGGUCUAUGUGAAGAUGAAGCUAUUGGCACCUGAUACAUCGAAUCAGAAGAGACGGACUACAACUAUGCUUGUUCAAGGCCCAGAUGUAGCUUUUGAUGAGAACCUGGAGAUGUCAAUGGAAACGAAUUACCCUCAUCUCACAUUCCUGCAGUGGUCAGUCAAGACCAUGUCGAACGGCCGUACUAUGCCUAUCAGCUCGGGCAUUGCCAAGAUCGACAAUUUGAAGGAGGGAUAUAGGGUUCUCCCACUGGGUGAGCCGCUGAACAAUGAGGGGCGUUUGUUAUGUAAAAUUAGUACAUAGUCGAUGUAAGCGAUCGAGAUGAUAUUCCAUGAUUUCAAAUUAGAAAGAUGAUAGCGCACAGCUUCUAUUCAUUUAGAUACGACCGGUUGUAUUUGCACCCCCGCGAUUGC